AAGGCAGUGCAGAGAGACGGGAUCCGCACCGCGGGCCCCCUGCCUUCGUCCUGGGGCGGGGACGGGGGGCGGGAGGGCGACAGCGACUGGCGGACACCGAGGGAAAGCGAGGGAAGCGCACAGAACGGCCUCCUUGUCUACAACUUCUGCAGCGCUCCAAAGAGAAACACAUUUCUCCGCUUAAAAACCCGAAAACAACGAAAGCUGAAGCGAGCAACUGCCCGCCGCUACGACGGGUGAGGACUCGGCUGCGAGCACCUCCCUACCCCCGGAGCCCAACUCGGCCCGUCGGGCGGCCAGUGCUGCCCGGGGGAAAGCAUCCUGAGCGCCACCCGGCCCCGACACGGGCACCCCGGGGGCACCGAGCGCCGGAGCCCGCUCCCGCGACUCCCGGGGGCGGCAGCAGGAGCGGGGCGGGGCGGCAGCAUUCCUCCCCCCAAGGGGGACCCUCCCUCCCGCCUCCUCGCCCGCCUUCCCCUCCCCGCCUCCGUACACCGCCAGAGCCGCCCGGGGAAGCGGAGGAGAAGCAGCGUCUCCCCAGAGCCCCCCGCCGAGCCUCAGCCGCGACGGCGCGGCGGUCCCCAGCCCGGCGAUGAGGGUGAAGGAGGAGGAAGCGCGGCCGCUCACGGAGUAGAGACGCGGCGGCAGCGGGGCCAGAUACCUGCCCCGCCGGGCUGCCGCAGGGCACCGCAGGGCACGGCGGGGCGCCCCGACCCGCCCGGCCCGCCAACGCCGGGGGCAGCCCCGCCGCCCUUCGCGGCCAUGCGCUGAGCACCGCGGCGCCCGUCCAUGGGGCGGCGCUGAGGGGCACGAUGAAGUCCCUGCUCUUCAGCCGCUUCUUGCUGCUGCUGCCCUGGGUGCUCAUCGUCAUCAUUGUGCUGGACAUCGACAGCAGCCGGGCGCCGCUACCCGCCCUGGCCCCCCGCGGCGGCGGCGGCAGCAGCGGCGGGUCCCGUCCGGCGGCGGGGCGGCCGCCCCCUGAGCGGCGGGGUCCCGAGGCGGCGCUGCCCACUAUCUAUGCCAUCACGCCCACCUACAGCCGCCCGGUGCAGAAGGCCGAGCUCACCCGCCUGGCCAACACCUUCCGGCAGGUGGCGCGGCUCCACUGGAUCCUGGUGGAGGACGCGGCGGCGCGCAGCGAGCUGGUGAGCCGCUUCGUGGCGGCCGCCGGCCUGCCCUGCACCCACCUGCACGUCCCCACGCCCCGCCGCUACAAGCGGCCGGGGCUGCCCCGAGCUACCGAGCAGCGCAACGCCGGCCUGGCGUGGCUGCGGCAAAGGCACCAGCACCUGCCGCCCCCACAGCCCGGGGUGCUCUUCUUCGCCGACGACGACAACACCUACAGUCUGGAGCUCUUCCAGGAGAUGCGCACCACCCGCAAGGUGUCGGUCUGGCCGGUGGGGCUGGUGGGAGGCCGCCGCUACGAGCGGCCACUCGUGGAGGAUGGCAAGGUGGUGGGCUGGUACACUGGCUGGAGAGCUGACAGGCCCUUUGCUAUUGACAUGGCAGGAUUUGCUGUGAGUCUUCAAGUGAUUCUGUCACAUCCCAAAGCCGUCUUCAAGCGUCGUGGUUCUCAACCAGGAAUGCAAGAGUCUGACUUUCUGAAACAGAUAACAACAGUGGAGGAGCUGGAGCCAAAAGCCAACAACUGCACCAAGGUCCUUGUGUGGCACACGCGGACAGAGAAAGUCAAUCUGGCUAAUGAGCCAAAAUACCACCUGGACACAGUCAACAUUGAGGUAUGAGCUGGAGGCACAGUCACACAGGAAGCACAACUGGAUGUGUCAGGAGGUGUUUGGAUUCAGCCAGUUAAUAGUCUGCUUGUGAGUGAGACCUCUGAAUGGUCAACUGAUGGGACUCCUGUGGAAACAAAAGGGAAGUUGUCAGAUGCUCUGAAAAGCAAAUCCAGGGGGGGUGCUUUGUCCUAACUCGUUUGCAUGCAAUUGUGAACUCUCAAUAAACUGACACUCACCUUUCA